ACUAUGGGGAUAACAUUGUUUUUAGUGGGACAAAAGAAAAUUCCCGGCAAAGUUAGGACAAACUCCCGGGGAUGUCUUUUCUGGUAUUCCUCCUGGUUAUCGGUACCAUUCAUGGGGUCCUUUUAUUCUUUGAUUCCUUCUUUAAGAGCUGUAUGCACCAUCCUUACCGGCUUUUCCUGGACGGUACUGGGUUGACUGUGAAGUUCCUCCGGGUGGAAUGGUACACAACAGCCCUCAAUCGUUCUCUGGUGAAGUGGAGCACCUCAUCACCGCGCCUUUUGGCUAAAUUAUUCGAUUUGGGUGUGUACAGUACGCUUAUUUUGCUUCCUGUCUCACUUGGGGUGCUUCUUUGGAGCUUCUUCAGCUCAUGGACACGCUCAGGGGGCACGGAGGGAUCUUUGGUGGAGGUGGAAGUUCUUGUGCCUGGUGUGACAUUGCCCCUGGAUGAGCUGCACUACUACUUGGGGACACUGCUGGUGAGUUCGGUGGUGCACGAGUUGGGGCAUGCCGUUGCAGCUGUUCUGGAGGAUGUCCCGGUGCUGGGAUUCGGUGUUCGUGUGUACUUUUUCCUCCCUGUUGCCCUGACUGAGCUCAACUCGGAUCAACUGAACGGGUUGAGGGUGUGGCGAAAGUUGCGCGUCCUCUGUGCUGGUGUUUGGAAUAAUCUCACACUGGGCCUGGUGGCGCUGCUUCUCCUUCAGAGCUCAAUGCCCAUCCUUGGGUGGUUCUACCACAUCAACCGUGGGGUUUAUGUGACGGAAAUUGAGAAGAAGAGCCCCCUCCUUGGGGCCAGGGGUCUCGUUGUGGGAGACUUUGUGACCAAAAUUAAUUCGUGCGAUGUGAGAAAUUUGGAUUCGUGGUACGAUUGCCUGCUUCAGGCGCUGCGGAAGCAACCAGCCUACUGCCUCAGUUCCGAAUUCAUCCAUAGGCAUGAUGAAUCAACCCCUGUGGGAACGGUGGAUGGUCUCACGCAGUGCUGUGAUCCGGAAAAUCCCACAAAUACCUGCUUUGAGUACCUCGGUGAGAGUGACAUCCUGGAGAUUCCACAGCAUGUCUGCCUCCCAAUGCGCCUGAGUGUUGAAAACUCCUUCCGCUACUGCGAAAAUGACAAUAGGUGCACGGAUAAAGGGGAACAGGGGUACUGCCUGAAGCCAUUGCUGGCCAAUUCAACGACAAUCCUCGAAAUUACACGCCGGGGACGCAAUGUGAUCUACCUGGGGCAUCCGGGGGACAUCUAUCGCACAGUCAAGGUGUCAAAUUUCAUCCCAAAGCUCCGCUACAUCGCCCCCAACCUCGGGGACGCCUUCACACUCUUCCUGCGCUACCUCACAGUCUUUUCCUUUGGCCUUGUCCUUGUCAAUGUGAUCCCUUGCUACGGAUUCGAUGGACAACACAUUGUCAGUGUCCUCCUCACGCACCAGCUCACACGUUUCGGCAUGAAGAGUCAAACACGAGAUAUUUGCAUUCUCCUCAUCACAUCCCUCUGUACAUGCCUCCAAAUUGCCCUCCUCACGCGAUUCCUCUGGAAUGUUUUGUUUUAAGGAAAUAAAAUUUUAAUUUUAA